AAGCCAAGAAAGCGCACAGAGACCGAAGAUGAUGAGUAUCAUGAUGACGAAUCAGAAAGUGAUGAAAGUGACGAUGAAUGUGAGUUAAGGCUAAGCGUGGAAGAAAUGGGAUUUGACGAGUACGUUGAUCGAAAUGAUCAACCUUUCAUUUUCAAAACAAAAAACAUACCGUCACUAUUUGAGUCAUAUCGAUCCAAAGCGUUAGCUCAUGCGCAAAAUUCUGGUCUGAUAAUGACGAAAAAUUAUCACGAAAUAUUGAGUCUAUCCCAUAUUCUUUUAUUACAAAUGGAUAAUUAUUCGGAUUCGCAAGUAAAAACGUUCUCUAGGGAAACGCUCGAAGAUCUUAGAAAGGAUAUUAAAUCAAAGUUAAUCGGAAAAGAAAAAGUAACAAGGGACGUAAAAUCAAUCCUACAAGAGUUCAUUGAGAUUGCUCUUGACGAUAAUGAUGGUGGAUUACACGAACUUCGCGAAACCAUCACUGAAUCUUUUUCGAAAAAAUUUAAUUCAACAGCAGAGAAAGAAUUUCUUCGACGAAUUAAGUUUCUCUUUGAACAUCUGUCUUAUACUAUCCCAUUACAUCCAUUGAAAGAAAUUAUAAGCGAAGGGACACUUGUGGCGAAUAUAAUAAGUCCGGUGUUACGAAUUUUUUUUCAUGACUCAUACAUAUAUCCCACGAUAUGGCCGAACACAUCCAGCACCAGCGCAAAGGUCCGAAAACUUGCCAUCGGUGAUCCUUCCCGGGCUAAACAACUCGAUAUGAUCGGAAAAUUGUCAAUAAUGGUGACGGGAGAAGGAAAAAAUAACACGGAAAAAAAGAAUCUAAUCGACCUGGUUAGAUUGGGGAUAUUUAUGAAAGAUUCCCUUGAUAAUAUUUCGCGUAAGACCAGUGUCAAUCGGAUUUUCGGUUGGCAAGUUAUUGUGACAAAGUGGACCGGUUAUAUGAUGACAUUAAUUAAUCUUCCAAGAUCUUUCGAAGUAUGCAAUACGUUUCUAUCUGGUCUGGAUACGCUGUUUGCAUUUCAGAUAGCAUAUGAAAAAACAAUAAAGGAUAUCCUCUCAAUUAUGAAUAAAAGUGAAGAAGUUGAGAGUAAUGAUAAUUUUAAAGGAUGGCGUCGAUCAACACUUGGAACACCAUCGUUCAAAAAAAUUGUGAAGUUCAAAUAACUAUCAAAUAAGAUAUUACUUGUUAAUAGAACAUAUAUUUA